UAACACAACUCAUUAAGUACAAGUGUACAAAAUGGCAGAGAGAAUAUUUAUACAGCCAUAUCCAGCAGUGGAGUUGUGUACAAAAUGGCAUAAAAAGCUUUACACAUGGCAUAUACAGCAGUGGAGUUGUGUGAACAGUGUUGGUGACAGGUGCAUGUAUGUUGCGGUGCUAUGCAAAUGGAGUCCACUGCUCAGUUCUGAGGUCAAAGCAUUCGGCCGUGUUGAGGAACAGGCUACCAGAGUAGCCACCAAAGACGUACACCUGUUUGUUGUAGAGGACAGCUGAGGAGUGGGAGCGAGCUCCACACAAUGGAGGACACUCUCUCCAUUCGUUAGUUGCUGGGUCGUAAAUCUCCACCGAUCGGAGAACUUCAGUUCCACUGUAUCCUCCGAUCACCAUUAUCUUAUCGCCGACGGUGACUACUGCGGCAUUCCGACGAGGGAACUGCAUACUAGCAACAGGGGACCAGAGAUUUCUCGCCGGGUCGUACGCUUCGACGCUGGAGAGGCAUUUUAGACCCGGAGCGUUUCCUCCAAUGGCGUACACUUUCCCUGAACAUGUGGCCAGAGCUAGGUCAGAGCGAGCAGUCGUGGUGGGAGAUAGUGUCCGCCAGGACCUGGUGGAAGGGUUGAAAGAUUCACUUGUCUUGAGUGGGACGGAGUAAUGCUCUCCUCCAACCACGUACACCACUCCAUCUAGGACUGCUGCAGCGUGGCAGCUUCGUGGGGUUGGCAUCCCCGCUUUUAGCUUCUGCCACUGGCGAGAGUGUUUCAGGUCUUGGACCUCGACCGUGGAGAGUUCUCGCUUGCCGUCUGAGCCUCCAAUGGCGUACACUCUGUCCUCUACUACAGCUGUGCACAGACGACCCCUCGCAACGUUCAUUCUCUCUCUGGAUUUCCACGAGUUGGUAAUUGAACUGUAGCUCUCGGUCGAGUCGAGACACCCAGAUCUGUUGAAUCCCCCGACCGCUAGGAUCUCCGACUCGGUUGCGACGAUGCCAAACCCGCUCCUGGCGAGGCUCAUGUGGGAGAUGAAGCAUCCGUUGGUUUGCGAGAAGGUGGGGAGACCAGUGGUGGGGCUGGUGGGGAGCUGUCCGUUGUGCAGUAGAGUACAGACAGAGAUAGAAACGACGAUCAAUGAGGCCCCCUCCUCCACGAGACAGGCAGAGGAGGCAUCUGUCAACUUUGCAGUGGCCAGGAGCCGCAUCCCACAUGAUUCGGUCGUCUUUCCCGGGGUUUUUGUAGGGGUGAGGAUCAGUUGGCGAGCGGGCGAGCACCCACCGCGAAGCUUGGCGUAGAACUCCGCGGAGUUCCUCUCGGGCGAAAGGGGGGCGUGCUGCCGCAGUUUAUCGCUGGGCUCGCGGCACCACUCGGUUACUCUGAGGUCUGGUUGCAACACGAGCUGCACGACGGCUUCCUCCAGGCGUUUGCGAGUCGACCGGCGGAUCGUGUCGAGAGCGACCAAGACUCUUGGCACGAAUUUCUCCAGUAGAUCAGUCCCUAGUUCCAGCGUUUGGCUGGAGACGUCCAGACGUACUUGGACUCGUGGUAGAUCCAGACCCGCACGCUCGGCGAGGACGCCGGCGAAGGAAUCCGUCAGAAACGAGUCGCAGACUCGUUUGAGGCGAGGUAGGCCGCACUGGGACGCCAGCUGUCGGAGUCUGACACAGUUCUCGGCCGCCACCCUCUCCGCCAGAGCCUCCUCACACGCGUCUCUCACGUUACCCAGACCCAGAAGCCGGGCACACUCGAGAACUUCAGUCGCAUUGUGCGCGUCCACGCCGUCCAUCGUCCCGUCGGCUAGAUACCCCACCACCGCCUGGAGAGCUUCCACGUGUCGCUCGUCGGGCAGUCUGAUCUCCAAUCCAUCCUUCUGUGCGAUCGGUACGGCGCCCAGAAGCAGGUGCGCCCGGGGAAGACACGCCACCCUCUUUCCCCGCACCACCACGCUCAGUUGCGGGGCCAUUUCCUUCCCGUCGUGUUCCGGAACUCUUCUCAGAUGGCCUUCCUGUUGUUUGAAGCCCGUCUGUACUGCUACUGACAUCACACGGCGGUCGAGGCAAGUUCGGUAUCUGCCGAUCGUUGAAAGUCAGCACAGGGUAGCAAAAAAUGGAGAUGUUGUUGCCUGCAAGAUCUUUCUCGUCCGUGACCGUGACCGACCGUGACGCACGGGAUUUAUUGCGCCGAAAGUUCGCGCGCGCGGGCUAAGCAUGUUUCUUGGUUUCUGAUUGGUCAGUACACUCCGGCCAUGACGUCAUGCACACGUCGAGUUCUAAGGUUAAAGAUCAUCCCUAAUUAGCGCCUAUCCUUGGGUCGAUUGUGUCUCGUCCAAGUUCGGCAUUUCUGUCACGGAGAGGUGGCAAUUUGAGACAAAGGAAAUGACAAGUCUUGAGGGGUUUGGCAGUGCAGACGUAACGACUCCGUUCCACUACGGCUCGGUGGCGGACGGAAUUCGCCACAAUCCCUCUCUGGAACAGAAGCUGAAGAAAAAGUACUGGAAGACGAAACAGACGGUCAUUCAGAAACUGAACAAAUCGCAGGACGAGUUUGUAGUGGCUGGAGAUGCUGACAUUGACACCAAACUAGAGAUUGCCUAUCAUCUGAGGUCCUCUUGUCACCAACUCCUCCACACGCUUGAGAAAUGCUGUUUCAGACUUCGAGAUAUGUCAGCGCAGGAGCUGGUGUUUGGAGAGUAUCUGGGAGCAUACAGUGAGAGAGAGUACACCAACGCUGGCCAAGUCAUGAAGAGCACAGGGAGGGUUCUGCAACUGGAGGCAAAGGCCAGACUGAGUGUUCUGCCUGGACUCCAAAGGCUGUACCAGGAGAUGGCGACAUUUGAGGCGUCUGCCCUCUCCGAUCUCUCCCUCUCCAUUCAGACCCUGGAGAAGGCCCGGACCGACUAUCGCGCUGCUCUCCUCUGGAUGAAGGACGUGUCCGGGAAACUGCAAAACCCAGACUAUCGGGACCAGCUAGUCCGAUUCAGAGAGGCUCAGGCAGCGGUCAAAGAAACCAAGAUACAGUUUGACAAACUGAAGAUUGAUCUCACGGAGAAGAUAGGGAUGGUGAAUGCCAGUCGAUGUAACCUGCUCUCUCGCUCGCUCCCCAACUACCAGAAGGCUAUGUUGGCAUUCAGCGACAGUGCAGCGUCAGAGUUUCAUCGAGUGCUCGUGGAGCUCCGAUCUCACCACCACCACCAGUACAAGCUGCACAGCGACAUGGUCCAGAUUCGCGAUCUGGAGGCUCACGAGUUCACCGAGUCGGAACUACUCUCGACGCUGGAGGGGGAAAAUUUUUUCUCGCCCCUGCAAUCAUCGGCCGAUAACGACGAUGAUGCUCUGCUUGAUAUGAACGGUCCUCAGGAGAGCACAGCGGGAGGAGGAACGGAGGUCGGGAAGGAAGCCACAGAAGGCACGCUAGUUCCGCUAAGUCCUCCUCCAAAAGACAGCGGAGUAGAUUUGACAGAGCUGGCCAAGCAGGAAGCAGGGAUUGCCAACGACUUGCCGUUGAGCGGAGUUGAGGCAGACCUGAGGGCCCUACAGAGAGAGCUGCUGCAGGAGUUUGGGAGCAGCAGCCCACCCAGGGACGGGUCUGUAAUGACAGGGGCUGUGAGUGGGAAGGGGGGAGACGGGGAGAAGGGGUCGCGGGGUGAUCUCAGAUCGGCUGAUAUGGACCUCAACGAUCUCCUGGGUAUGGGGCUGGGGUUGGAGGGGGGGGAGGUCCCGGAUUUCGGACCGCUUGUCUCGAGCGAGGGGGCGGAGGGGGAGGAGGGAGGAGAGGGGAAGGGUGCAGACGUUUUGAUCGAUCAGUGGAACAACUUUUCAUCGUUCAUGGGAACCACGCGCACGUCGAACAAGAGUUCCCUGUCAGAGUGGGAGAGAGAGUUUUCCACACAGCCCCCCACCGAUGGCGCUGGCACAGAGAGAGAUCCGUUUGAGGAUCUGGAUCCCCUGGCAGCUGCAAAGAGACAGGGGAAGACAGGUCUCACUGCUACAGGUCAGGGUGCAGCCGGAUUGGCAGACGAUCUUCUGUCUCUUAGUCUAGGCAGUGCCAUGUCUGCACCGCCAGCUAUUGUUCCAUCUCUCAUCCCGUCGCCUGCUGCUCCAAUUAAUGCCCUCCCUCCCUCUUCUCUUCCAUACCAACCACUCUCCUCUGCUGCAGCUGUGGGCGGGGCUUCGAGUGGUAAGCCACACCCACCACCGGCACCGUCUGCCAAGGCAGGUGGGAAAGAUUCGGAAAAGAAAGGCAGUUCUUGGAUGAAUGUCUUCGCACACCUCGACCCUCUCUCCAAUGAAAAGGCCUGAACUACACUCAGCAGCAAACUUCACUCGUGAAAUGUUUUUGGUUCA